AGAAUCUGCAUGACAAGUCUCGCAACGUUCCAGACCCAGACAUAUUUGCAUUUGACAGGCCGCUGCUGCUGACGAUAGCCAUCUCGACCUGUCCAACAUAUCCAUAAUCGCACACGAAGAGUCCUCCAUAAUCGAAGCAGAAGAUGAUAUGCAGGAGAAAAACAAGUGUGUGUAGUGUAAAUCUUUUGGACGCCGGAAAGCGCCAACAUCACUUGCAAUUUGGCGCAGGUGGUAAAAUAGAACAAGUCCGUGCUCCUGUAUUAAACCCGGCACGAUGACUGUAGCGGGUGCCCUUUAGUAUACAGCUCCCUAAAAAUUACAUUCUUCGGCAUUACGGAAGAUCUACACUAGCAAGCACAUUUUUUUCGCUGCGACACAACCUACAGGCCACAAUCAGAGUCUGCACGAACUGGUAACACCAUUAAGCGGAUGUGGUGCGGCUGCGGGCAGUGCAUUUUCCGACGUUUCGCAACAGCUGCCGCCGCCACCACAAUUGGACCUUUCCUAUGUUCAUUUGUCGCGUCAGCCUUCGUCCCUGGUCGGGUUGAGCAAUAACACGAGCGUUGACGACGGCGGCGUCCCUGCAGGCUCGCUGGAUAUGAGCAACAAUACCUUGGACAGCAUGACGCCUCCGACUCCCCCUGUCCUCCGAUACCUUGGACAGCAAUGCAGGAUAACCGACAACGGACUCCUUACCGGCCACCGACGCGACACGCGCGCGCGGUUUUCCUUGCGGCCAACCGACAACUCCUUUCCUUUACCACCCCCUAGUCAAGAUGGGGAAUCGGCUAGACAAGUCCACAAGUUUUGGCUGUUUUGCAUGACAACUUUGGGCUCGAAGCGUAGUGCUCCUGUUUGAGGUAGUUCAGCAGCAUCACGCAUCUAGUACAUCGUGCUGACUGGAGCAUUACAAAUCCCAAAACACAACUGCAAAAUGCUUCUCAUGGGGCUUCGCAUGACAAACAUUUUGAGCCUGCAGAUUAGCAUGACAAUUCUGGGACGGGGACGCUUUUACACAGAAUAGCCCAGCGGCUCAUCCGGGACCAGUUGAAGUUGUCGCUCGCCCUCUUCCAAUACCAACUGCAAAAAUGUCUGGGGCUGGAAGAAUGCUGCAAGACUUGUCAUGCAGGUUUUGUAUGAUCCAUGAUUUCUGUGAUGCACCGCGUAGCAUUACAGAGUUAGUGGGUGCCUCCUGAU